CCUGGACCUGUGUCGCUGCUACUACGCCUUGCGUUGCGUUCUGACGUUAGUGGAGCAAUUGCACACGGCAGCAGCUCGGAGUAAGAACAGCUCGGCAGAGCAUCCCCGCAGUGCCUUCAAAAUUCUGAUCCAAAGCAGCAUUGUGGAGCUGGACCGUCUUGUAUCAGACUAAAAAGUGCGCCUACCCCAGAACACGGAACUUUCUGUGAUGCAAAGUUCGUCAAUCUUCAAUUUCAUUGGGACAAUCAAAUUGAAAUCCAAAUUGUACAUUACUGCGUAUGUUGCAUUCAAUGCAAAUUAGGUUUGCCCUAACGCUCCUGCAGAUGAGAAAUAAAUUUCCGGCGCGCGGACGCGCAGCGCAGCGUGCGUAUGUAUCUAGAAUGGGCGUGCGCUCCGCGCCCGCCGGCCCGGCGACGGGGGGGGCAAGGGGGGGCGAGGGAGAAAGAACCUUUAGGGGAAAACCCAUGGCCCAAACCUCACUGGUCAUGCCCAAACUAUGCUGACACCACAGGCGGAAAGCAAUGACAACACACACAGGGGAGCAGACGCCGCACUCCCUGAUCGUGAGCGAAGCAAGGGCACGCACAGACAUCAAGGCCGCAAGGCGCGAAGUGCCGCAGCCACUGCCUGGGCCUCCACAAACAAAGCGGCCGGAAGGCGUUCGCAGAACCUUUGCGAAGGCCCGGAAGGCUCACCACAGGAAACAGAGGCGGGCCACAGGAAACAGGGCCAAAACGGGGCACGAAAGGCCAAAAGACCAGAAACGGGGCUGGCGCAAGGCAAGACAAAUAAGAGCACAGGAAGGCGGCGGAAAGGCAGGCGGGGCACUGCGGGCGAUAUGCUCUAAAAGUAAAAGCCAGAAAGCUGAUGCUGACAAGAAGAGCAAGUGGGCCAAGACUCGCUUCAACCAGACGAAAGCCCUGAAAACGAAACCACUGCGCCGAAGCAGGGCACGGAGGCGAGGCGCAAACCAAAAAGCCCGGCGACCCAAAGGAAACGGGGCAUCGCACGCAGCCCCAUUGGGGCCGAAGGGGCCCCGCGGCGACGAGCACGCGAGAGAGGCAAGCCUGCAGAGUCACAGGCGGAAGGGAAAGGCGAAAACUGGCGCCAAAUACCUCGCAACAGGGGGCGAAGGGCAAGGGGCGCCAGAAUGCAGCACGACUCCGGCCCGGGGCAGCCAAUCGCGAACCGCAACAAGGCACCUAAGCCAAGGCCAAGGGCACAGACCAGGACCGGCAGGCCCGAAGGCCACCCGGGGGCCCGGCAGCGCUUUACUGACUGGAAGUGGCCCCGCCGCGGAGGCGGAGCUGCCUGCGCCAGUUUUCUACUAGUGCUUCCACUAGUGAAGGGCGCCACUAGCGGGGAGCGUCACUAGUAGCCGCAAACCCGUUGUGGCGAUCAUAAAACCACUACCAGGAUUUCUCCUUGUGGCCCCUUUUCCACUAGCAGCUUUCCACUAGCAGGAUCUCUACUAGUAGCGCUCACCCCCUCGUCCGCCCUGAUUCUUUUAUUUAGUAUAUCUAUAUAGGUAAAGGUAAUUGUGAGAUGACAAACUUCCUAUAACUAGCGCUUUUUUUGACACGGCCAAGCAUUUAAUAUAUAAGAAAGUUGCCAACUCCUGCUCGUCGAGGGGGAGGGCACUCGGCAAUUUGAUACUUCGUUUCGUGCAUCCAGCGACCUCAUCUGAAAAUUAUGGAAGGGGAGGGAGUGAUGUUACAGAAUGGCGCCAGCCCUCAACAACGAUUCUGUUGCGAUUCGCCACACGGACGAUUUGCAAUUGCAUAAACUUUUAACUUUUAUAUGUCUUUUUGUCAUGUUCAUAAUACUCGGCGAAAAAGAGAAACGUAAAGCGAGAUUUUUCAUGGGGCUCGCGGCAGCUCGUACAGCCAAUCGCUUUCCCUCUACAAAGAUUAAUGUUUUCGUGCAGAUCUGUAGUCUGUGUUUUGUCCGAAGCAGUUUCCUCAAGAGCAACAAAUCCGUCGCCUCCGCUGGUCCGGCUGCUGCAGGGACCAUUUCUAUCGAC